AUUGCGCGUUUGAUGAAGGGUACGUCACUUGACACGUUUGCAAAUGGCAACGCAAAAGGUCUUUGAUCUCCAGUCUGCUUAUUCAGAUUUGAACAAAGCAUGCAGCGCUCAGGCCUACGACAAAGUCAUUAACGUCUCCGGGAAAAGUCAUUAUCUUGGGGACAUUUGGGAAUUUAUUGGCCAAUUUCAGCGAUUUCAUGUUCAAAAACUAGAGAUCGCGGUCUAGCUAAAUGAGAAUCCUUCAAAACAUUCUUAUUGUCCUCCUUUAGUUCCUACCAUGAUUUCGUAUAAUUUGAACGUCAAAAGCCGAAUUUACACCAGUGAAUUUGCAUUUGUGCUGGCUGGUAUAUUUGAAUCUUGGAUACUGAUAUUGGUCAUGUGUAAACUACUGUAUAGUUAAUAGGUUUGAUGUUAAUUCUAGUCUUCUGUCAGUGGUUCUUCGUUUAUGUGUAUUUCCUUCAUAGUUCUCACGAAGCACCCCACUGAAGUUAAAGCUUUCCAGUGCAAGGUUGUCGCUCUCAUUCGUACUGAAAAGUAUGAAGAUUGUUUGAGUUUUUUGAAAAAGCACCCAGCACUAGUCAAUCAUGUCACUUUUGAAAAAGCCUAUGUCGAGUAUAGGCUUAACCGUCUUUCUGAGGCUGCAAAGACUCUUGAAUCAUCAGACACAAACGACCUAAAAGCUCAAGAGCUGAAAGCUCAAGUGUUGUAUAGAAAAGGCGAUUUUGUUGGUUCAUAUGCAUUCUUACGGACAGUGAUUCGAAACUCACAGGAUGAUUACAGUGAGGAACGGCUUACGAAUUUAGCGGCAGUGGCUGCAGCUGAAUCAUGCUUUAAUAAGUCUUAUUUGGACCUAGAUGUUAAUCCAGAAAUGUACGAAGGGAAGUUCAACUUGGCUUGUUAUAAUCUUGGUCGAGGCGAUAACCAAUUAGCAUCUCAGUUGUUAGAUGAUGCAGAAAAUACGUGCAAACUUUGUCUAUCUGAGGAUCCGGAAGUAACUGAAGAGGAGAAAAAUGAGGAGUUAGCGCCUAUCAGAGUUCAACGAGCAUAUAUUUUGCAGCUUAGUAAAAAGGAAGAGGAAGCUAAUCAACUUUACCAAUCAGUGAUCCGCCAGAGAGUCUCAGAUCCUGCACUUUUAGCCGUAGCCGCAAAUAACAUCGUCUGUAUUAAUCAAGAUCAAAAUAUAUUCGAUAGUCGUAAACGCAUUAAAAUGGCUUCUACAGAUGGCUUACAGUUUAAACUUUUCCCCCGUCAGCGUAUCGAUAUGUUAGUUAACCAAGGUUUAUUUUACUGGUACACAAAUCAGAUGGAAGCAUGCACAUCCAAACUACGUGCAGUUUUACAGGAAGAGUUGAAUCCGCGGGCCUUGCUUCUGUCCGUUACACAGUUAGUUAGGGAGAAAAACUUGGACAAAGCGAUAUCUCUUCUAGAAGAUUAUCGGUCCAGAGUUGCCGGUACAGGUGAAGAUAGUGAUAGUCAGGUGAAUGCAGAAAUCCUUCUGGCUUUGGCCCAGCUGAACCUUCGCCGAAUUUCAGCAAGUCAUUUAGGACAUGGUGUUCCUCAGCCUGUAAAUGCACUAAAUGUGGCUAAAAUGCUUCCGGAUCUUCUUCCUAAAAAUUUACUACAUUGUCCAGGAAUUCUAUCUACGCGUAUAGCUUUAUAUCUUCUAGCAAGUUCUGGUGAAAAUGCAGUACAAACCCGGGUGGAUAGUAUGAAACAAAUCGUCAGUUGUAUUGAAUCAGCCCUUCAUUAUUAUGAAGAAUUGGGGGGACAGAAUGAAAUAUACUCUCACCUACUGGAUUAUUGUGGGACGUUCCUUCUGCAACAGGGUGAGGCAAAACUUGCUGCGGAAAUUUUUGAGAAACAGUUAGCUCAACUUGAGUCAGACGCUAAAAAGAAAUCGCAUAACAAGCAAAGUAGUUUGACUAAGCAAGGACUGCUUGCUCGGUUGGUACGCGCUUAUGCUCAGUUUGACCGCCCCAAGGCUGAACAAGCUUGUAAAUCGUUACAACCCAAGGGUUCUCUAUCAGAGGCUGAUGUGGACACACUAGAAACUACCUUCCUAUACGGGGCGAAGUCACUUAAACGUCUUGGUCGAGCCAGCGAGCAAGUAGAUACGUCGGAAAAAACGAAAUCGAAACAAAAUCUAGCUAAGAAAGUUAAUUCUGAUAUUCCCACCUCAGAAAAUCCACCUGUAGAUCAAAUUACCAAACGUGCUAAGCGCAAAAAGAGGAAAGUUCGCUUACCAAAGAAUUACCAACCAGGAGUGCUACCUGAUCCUGAUCGUUGGUUACCUCGACGAGAACGUGCACAUUAUCGUGGUAAACGUCGUGACAAGCGUUUUGGACCUACACGUGGACCCCAGGGUCAAAUAACUGGUGGAAGUGAAUGUUCACGGUGACGAAGGUUCUGUAAAAAUGAAGUGAAAUAUCUCAGUUUUGCUGUGUAAACAAUAGUGAUUUAUUUCUGAACACUUGAAAAUGUAAAAGGGUUGUUAUAAGUGUUGUCCUUCCUCCAGAUUGUUGUUUGCACUAUAUAAAUAUACAUCUCAAUUUCAUGAUCACAUCGAUUUUGAACAUCAGAAUGACUGCAGAAAAUCAUCAAAAAGGUAACUUUCUUCAGCUGUUUUGUCAUUCUUCUAUUGGCUUUGAUAAAAAUUGCUUUCAGUUGGCUAAGAAGUACAGAGUUUGGGCCGCGCUGGACAAUGAAAAACAAUUCAUUUUGUGGGGAAUUUACUGAUUUUAAAGAGACCUUCAUAACGGAUCAAAAGGGAAUUUUUGGAAACCUGGAAGCACUGAAUAGCCGUUUCCCCCAUAUCAUCAAUUCACCACAUAAACUACUUUUAAAUCAAUGAAUCUCUACGAACUACCAGUCGAAUAAAAGUUUCAAAAAUUUGCCCAAGUGUACUACUUGCUAAUCCCUACUAACUAGAUGUAACUGAAUUCAUUAUGUAUCUAUCUGCCUUUCCUCCCUAAACGUUAAUAGCCCUCAUUAAAACACUAAAAGCACAGAGUUACUUAUUUACAGAGUAAAAAACGUUUGUAAUUAUU